AUGAGCCCUAAAAAGCCCACCAGAGCAACAGCGACAACCAAGCCCCAACCCCAACCUGUAACCUCCGGACGCAUCACCAGACCCCGAAAGCCUCAUCCUCCGAAGGCCACUACUUCCACCCGUACAUCCAAUCCCGCAGCGCAUACUCCCAACCAACCUCCUCUACCCGACCAAGAGACAGAAGGCCACCCCCCAGCCUGGGCCGAGAACAGACCUGAACUCUGCGACACCCUACCCUGGUUUCGCUCCGUGCAAGGCGGAGUCUACCACAACGGGAACAUAUGCUGGGGAUUCCUAAUCGACGCAGACUGUGGCAUAAGAUCAUAUCUGGAUGAUGAGGUGAUUAUUACUCGUGUUGGAGGCGGCUGCACCAAAGACGCAGACGGAAACCUGGUGCUCAUCAAGGACCAAGAUGGCGAUAGUGCGGCGAUAACUAGUAUAUUAAAUAGUAAGGAGUUGAAGGUUCCGGUGGGGAUUAUUAUUGGAAAUCGCAAUACACUGCUAAACAGACCCCUUCCGCACCGGUACAACGUCAUGGCGUAUUUCCGGAUCACGCAUGUGUGGUAUGAACGGAUCGGUAGGAAAACGGGUGCAAAGGUCCGGUUCGAGAAGCUGGAUUUGGGUAGAAAGAGUUGGUGGGCCGCGAAGCAUUCUCCUUCUCCGGAGAAGAAUCCGGGUUAUGGGCAUGCGAAACAGCCGGAGCAACUCCGCUGCAAGGCGUGCGAUCAACACAGCAUACGCAUAUACGACGAGGGAUGGAUGUGUCUGCAGCCAUCUUGUGAACUCUUCUGGAUGAUUAACGGUGGCUCCUCACCCCCACCAUCAGCGGUUCUCACCUUCCACGAGAAAUUCCUCAAAUCCCGUCUGCCCCCGGACCCGACCAUCCAGCCGCAUUACAGCCUCGUCCCGGACUUACUUUCAACCCUGAAAGAUACAGAUAGCGAUGCCUUGUCGAAAAGGAUUACCUGGAAAGGGAUAAUAUGUCCCCUAUGCAGACGCUGCAUUUCCCGGCGGUAUUGGUGGGGAUGGCGAUGCGCUGAUGAUAACGAUAGCAGCAACUGUCCCUUUGAGCACAUCCUACCCAUACGACCGAUCGCUCUGCGAUGGGUGAUUGACGACAUGGAAACAAGCCCCAUUAAGCGAGCGCUCAGCUGGGAUGCGAAGUUCAUGGUUCCGGAGAUAGACGAUGUAUCUCUUUAUCCGUACAGAAAGCUCACUUAUACAAUCCCGGGGGUUGGGAGUAUCAUGCAUUUAGUUGCGAACCGCGAAAUAAAUACCCGGUGUAAUGGGCCGGAUGAGUUGUUUGGGCAGUUACAAUGUGAGGAGUUGGGGUUGAGGAGGUAUCCGUUGGCGCAGAGUAUGGUUGCGGGGACUCUUACUGCUCAUUUUGCUGUCAAUUAUAACCCUAACGGAGAAGAAAAACAGGGCAUGCCAUACAAAUACGUCGUCUCCGUCGCAUCCAAGGCCUUCAACGAAGCCUGUCCCCCCAUCCUCCGAGCUAUGGGUCGCUUAACAUGGGCCAGCAAGCAAGCUGUUCUCGCCGCUGGGGAUACAUUCCUCCCUCCUAACGAAAUGCUUCUGCUGGGGUAUCUGGAGGACAUGAGGAUUGGGUACCACGACGACGGCGAAUCCGCCCUCGGCCCCACGAUCUCCACCCUCUCCCUGGGUGCCAAAUCCACCAUGCUCGUCCGCAUGAAAUACAAAUACUACCAUGGCUACAGCAGAGCGAAGAAUCUCCUCGCCGAGGAUCCGGUCAUGCCUGGAUGCAAGAAUUAUACAAGGCGGAGGGAGCUCAAGGCGAGGUUGCAGGAUGGGAGUAUUGAUCGGAAGAUGUAUGAUGAGCUGAGGCGCGAAGGGAUCGUGAGGAAAGGUGCUGGCGGGGAAGCUACGCCGUGUAUUAAGAUGGAGGUGAAUCAUGGUGAUUUGGUGGUUAUGCAUGGGGAGGGAUUGCAGAGGUUUUAUGAGCAUUCGGUUAUUCCGGAUAAGAGGUUGAGGUUUGCGUUGACGGCGAGGCAUAUUAAGCCUGAGUUUGUGGAUGUGAAGGAGAUAGAGAAGGGGAGGUUGGAGUUGGGGAGGGAGUGGGUUUAUGAUGGGAAGUAG